ACCAUUUCUUCCUUCACGCUCAAUUCAUUUUUCUCAACUCUCUCUCCUAGGGUUAGGGUUUUUGUCUCUCUCUGUGGCUUGUUUCCUAUGGCUCAAGAACCUCAAAACGGUGCGUCGGAGAAUGUGGCUGCUGCUGCGGUGUCGUUUCUCGCUGUGAAGCCGCAGCUCCUCGUGGAAGCUCCCAAGGCGAACGACGCCGUUCUGUUCUACAAGGCCGCGUUUGGCGCCGAAGAAGUUGGCCGUACGCUCAACCCUAAGCGCAAAGCGGACCACGAGCUUCCUCUCAUACUCUCAGCAGAGCUCAAAAUCGGUGGCUCCACCAUUCUCGUUGCUGACCUCGCUGUUGACUCUGCUUCACCGGUUAAGUCCGGGUCAAACGGUGUCGUUUUGUGCUUGGAGACGGAGGACGUUGAAGGGGCCAUCGCCAAGGCGGUGAGCGCUGGGGCGGUUGCGGAAGGUGAAGUGACGGAGGGUGAAGGCGCGUGCUGCGGUGGGCGCGUGGGGAAGGUGAAGGACCCGUACGGUUUUGUUUGGGUCUUCUCUUCUCCCGGGAAGAAAUCUGCUGAUGUGGAGGCUUAAUGACCGUUCAGAUCUCUUGAUGUUGGUCUGACUGUUUGAUUUUCAGUUUGUUUUAGUUGUAGCAGUGAUGAUUAUUAUUAGGGGAGGGAGCCACGUGUCCCGUUAAGAAGACAGUAUUUAGGAUUUAAGUGGAUUACUAUUAAUCUAAUCCCGUUAAGAAGACAGUAUUUUAGGAUUUAAGUGGAUUACUAUUAAUCUAAUCGAAUGGUUAUUUUGUUUCCUUAUUUUGAGCAUAUUGGCAUGGUCGCCCUUGCUUUUUCAUUAUGAAUGUCUAAACUAGACACAUGUGGAAGAAGUACUUGUCUUGUCUCUUGAAUGCAGGCUGUAGUAUGCCAUCUUUAUUUUA